CUUUGCUAAACUUCAUUCUACGAUCGAACUCCAAACUACGCACAACUUAUACAAACAGAUCUCAUGCCUACAAAUUGCUACCAAUCAACUCAUCAAUUUUAUCAAUUGAAGGAAUUCUCCACCUGAAACAAUGUUUUCAAACAAUUCCUCCUCGACCCCCAAUGCCACCGUGGAUACGACGCCUUUAACGGGGGAACGGGUGUCUCGCACCCGACACCGUUUUCUGCGCCGUCCGCCUAGCCUCCGUGGCGCGGCUAGUUUCAUCCGGCAAGCCAGUAACCGGACCCGCGCGAUGCGAGAGCCGUCCGUCCGCGUUCGCGAGGCUGCUGCUGAGCAACUCGAGGAGCGACAGAGCGACUGGGCGUAUUCUAAGCCUAUAGUAGUACUGGACCUUAUAUGGAACCUAGCGCUUGUGAUUGUCUCGAUUUCUAUUCUGAUCAUUAGCAGGAAAGAUUCUCCGUCUAUGCCUCUGAGGCUGUGGAUUGUUGUCUAUUCUCUUCAAUGUGUGCUCCACAUGGCGUGCGUGUGUGUGGAGUAUAAGAAGAGGUAUGCGCAGCGGAAUGUGGAUGGGAGAUCGGGGGACCGGGUUAGGUACAGUCGGAAUUCCUCUAGUUCGAGCUCUGGAAGUGAUGACGGAGAGGCUGGGGAUUAUGAUUCCGAGCGCCGGCCAGAUGACGAGGAAACUGGCAUUGUGAAACAUCUGGAGUCUGCAAAUACAAUGUUCUCGUUCAUUUGGUGGUUAGUUGGGUUCUAUUGGAUAUCAGCUGGUAGCCAAAGUUUGAUCCAUGAUUCACCUCAGCUUUACUGGCUUUGCAUCACAUUUCUAGCAUUCGAUGUGUUCUUUGUUGUUCUGUGUGUCGCAGUGGCAUGUGUCAUUGGAAUAGCUGUUUGCUGCUGUCUACCAUGUAUUAUUGCGAUCUUGUAUGCAGUAGUAGAUCAGGAAGGAACAACCAAGGAAGACAUUGAGAGACUUCCUAGAUACAAAUUUCGAAGAAUUGGUGAUUUCGAGAAACAAAAUGGUGAAAUUCAAGAAUCAUUUGGAGGAAUAAUGACUGAAUGCGAUACUGACUCUCCCACAGAGCAUGUUCUUCCUCUGGAAGAUGCUGAAUGCUGCAUUUGCCUUUGUGCCUAUGAUGACGGAACUGAACUGCGUGAACUACCGUGUCAUCAUCAUUUUCAUUGUACCUGUAUAGACAAGUGGCUGUGCAUCAAUGCCACCUGUCCUCUUUGCAAGCUCGAUAUACUGAAAAACAGCAGCCAGAGUGAUGCUGAAGAAGUAUAAUCAAGUAUGCUAUUUCGGAGUGUGAGAACUUCUGCUAGAUCUGGAAAUUUCGUGAUCUAAAUUCCAGUUGGGUCGCCUACUUACAAUACUGCAGCCGACGUAUAUGUGAAUCGGGAGCCAUGGGUAAGUUCUUGUUUGUAUUUCCUGUAUAGAGAUGAGUCGAAACAUUUUCAUCCAACAUGCUGAUUUCUUGAAAAUGUAACUGUGUGAGGUGUGUAUGUUUAUACUUUGUGCUGUCAAGGAAAACCCACUAAAGUUGAAUGGCAAGAGACAUUAACUAAUAUUGUAGAAAAUAUGUGAAAAUUGAGCACACACCCCAAGAACAAUACAGUGUGGUAUUUUAAAUUUCGCAAA